AUGCCUGGGUCAGGAGGGGAUCGUGCCCAGCAGCUGGAAGUGCAGCAGAUCUCUCCACGGACACCCUUCUGCCGCCAGCCUCAAGAAGAAACAGGACCGCCUGGCCGCCGGCACGCGGCUCCUCCCCCGGCGCCAUUCGGAGGAGUAACGCUCGGAAUCUCGCAGAGCCUCUCCGUUGCGACAGGAACGCGGGCCCCGCGUGAGCGCAGCCCGAGAUACGACCGACAGGAGACGGAGCAAGCAAGAGCAGAGCAAGAAGAAGAAUUUAUCAGUAAUACUCUGUUUAAGAAGAUUCAAGCUUUGCAGAAGGAGAAGGAGACGUUGGCAGUGAAUUAUGAAAAGGAGGAGGAAUUUCUCACUAAUGAACUUUCAAGGAAGCUGAUGCAGCUACAGCAUGAGAAGGCAGAACUCGAGCAGCAUCUGGAGCAGGAGCAGGAGUUCCAAGUGAACAAGUUGAUGAAGAAAAUAAAAAAACUGGAAAAUGACACCAUUUCAAAGCAGCUAACUCUGGAACAGCUAAGACGUGAGAAGAUUGAUCUUGAAAACACACUUGAACAAGAACAGGAAGCCCUCGUGAAUCGUCUCUGGAAGAGGAUGGAUAAACUUGAAGCAGAAAAAAGAAUUCUCCAGGAGAAAUUGGACCAGCCGGUGUCUGCUCCUCCAUCGCCAAGGGACAUAUCAAUGGAAAUAGAUUCUCCAGAAAAUAUGAUGCGGCAUAUCAGGUUUCUGAAGAAUGAGGUAGAAAGGUUAAAGAAACAGCUCCGAGCAGCGCAGCUACAGCAUUCAGAGAAGAUGGCCCAGUACUUGGAGGAAGAACGUCACAUGAGAGAAGAGAACUUGAGGCUCCAAAGAAAAUUGCAGAGGGAGAUGGAGCGAAGGGAAGCCUUGUGCAGGCAGCUGUCCGAAAGUGAAUCCAGUUUGGAAAUGGACGAUGAAAGAUAUUUUAACGAAAUGUCUGCGCAAGGAUUAAGACCUCGCACUGUGUCAAGUCCAAUUCCAUACACACCUUCUCCAAGUUCCAGCAGACCCAUCUCACCAGGUCUCUCGUAUGCAAGUCACACCGUUGGCUUUACUCCCCCGACUUCACUCACCAGAGCUGGCAUGUCUUACUAUAACUCUCCAGGCCUUCACGUGCAGCAUAUGGGGCCAUCCCACAGCAUUACAUGUGGCCUGAGCUGCAGCCAGAAGAUCCCACGGUCCCUGUUCUCAGUGGGUCUCCCGGAAUCAGCUGCCCUGGACAGCUACUCAGCCCUUUUCACUCCCCUUCAGGUUACCUUACUCUGA